CUGCCGUUUGCCUUAUACGACCAUCACAGCACCCAUAUCUAUCCCGGCGUCCACCCACCCAUCACUAUCCAUACGCAUCCCUAGCUAUCCCCGCAUUUCUGCGUCCACUUCCGCAUCGCCACCGUCCGCCUGCUGCGGCAUCUCUGUCGUCGAGACCGCAGCGAGGCCGUCAUAGUGAAGACCAUCAUGUGGAUAUGCAAUGAGACAGAUAUCUUUCGAACGAUUAUCGAUAUCUUUCGAACGAUCUCUAUCCCCUUACAUAUCCUCAUGAUGUUCUUCACUGUGGAUUCCUUCUUGACCACCGUCUGCGGUCUCGCUGAUCCUUUAGCUACGCGCCAAAAGCCGCGCGAAGCCUUUCAUCACCAUGGAAAGCCCUUGUGCUGCUUUGCCAAUAGCUCUAAGCCUCACAGUUCCGCUGAGGGUUAUUCUGGUCUUUCCUCCCUGAGCAUCGAACAGCCCACCCACCCAUCUAUCUAUCUAUCUAUCGGUCGAUCAGCGGCACCAUCCAGCCAAACUUGUCGGCCUCUUCACCAUACUGUAUACCGCGCACACGCCUGCAGACACACGGAGAGAGAAGAGCGCACAACACACACGACAGACACACUGAUCAGUGGAAGCACCCUAAUCCGUCCGUCCGUCCCUCUGUUGGUACCUGUAUAGCCUCUCGAACACAGGCCCAACUGGUCGGCCGUCGGGCCCCCUCACCACAUACGUCCUGACAUGAAUGACAGGCACACGAACUGCCAUUUUUCUUGCUGGCUGUCUCGCCUCCGCACCCUUGGCUAUGUGUGGGUGUAGUGUAUGUGUGCUGUGUGGCUGGGCUCACUUCACUUACUUGUCCUUGUGCACGAUUCGGUCGAUUGGUGUGAUGAUGACGGCGGUCCCACAUGCAGCCACCUCAGAAAACGACCCCACCUCCUCUUCACACACACAUGUAUACAUGGAUCGAUAGGGUCCAUCGUACAAAGAAGUGACAUACAUACACCGUAUGCAUGCUCAUUCCAUUCGCCAGUGAGUGACACGGUACUGUUGCCUACCGAUUGGGACAGGUCUUCGUUGCGUGUCGAGGCCCUCAUCUUUGGCCAAUUCCAUGAGGGAGAGGUUGGUGAUAGAGGGAAGGAUCGAAGGCGACUCGGGUGUCACAUACCUAUCAGUCAGCACACAGAGGGGAAAGUGACACAUGAGACAGACAUACGCGUGCUUGAGUAGGUCACGUGACACAGACUCGGUCAGUCCCUCCCUCCCUCACGUGUUGCCAUCUUGUGUGACAGCGAUGAAGUUGCUGGUGGAGAAUUCAUCAAUGUAUCGAUUCUCCUUGGCGUCCAAAUACAAGGCAAUCGGAAAUCUGACAUGAGCACCGCACAUGGAAGGCGGAUUGACAUGUGUGUGGGCCACCGACCCGCCGCCGGAUUUCUGGUGCACUCAGCUCACCCUUUGCUCUUGCCGAUGGAGUUGGGCAAUAGGUCGGCGGCAUAGUUGCCCGCCACCUUGUAUGCGCCCACCCCCUGAGGCGCCGCCCUGUCGUAGCCCUCAACCACCCACGCAGACACCUACAUAAACCACAUCCGCAUACAAACAUACCGACACGACAGACACCGGUACGGACAGCACGUGCAGAUGAGAUGGAUGAUGCCCUGUAGUCGUUUGUUUCGUCAGGCAUGCAUCCAUCCCGGUGAGUGCUGGAUCGAUGACUGACUGACCGGCUGCAGCCCUCCCUUGUAGUAGUCGCCCACGGGGAUGACCAUGACAAAGAAGGUGUACUCCUCCGCAGGCUGGACGCCGAUGCGAGGCGAGGAGCCGAUGAGGACGGGCCGGAGGUACAGCGACCCUCCCGUUCCGUAUGGAGGCACAUAGGCAAGAUUCGCCAAGACCGCUUGACGACACGCCUGCACAUCAUAAAAAUAUGGACAGGAGAGAUGGGCGUGGCCUGUUUGUUGUGUGUGGCAUCGCUACGAUGCCUACAUAGAUGAAGAUGUUCUCAGGGACGGGGGGCAUCAUCAGCCGUUCUGCGCUCCGCUGCAGACGCCUAUGGAUAGACCCAGUUCACGAGGAUGGUCGAUGAAUGGGAAACUAGCUGCCCAGGACGAAUAUCUAGAUUGCUCACCGGGCGUUGUCGAGCGGUCGAAACAUCCUGACCUUCCCGUCCUUACAGUGGAAAGCCUUCAGCCCCUCAAACGCCUUGACGCGCCACCCACGGCAGACCACACACACACAUGCACCGCACCCGCAUCCCCACCAAUCGAGUGCUGCGUGUGUGUGUGCGUGGUCUCACCGCCUGGCCAUAAUGCAGUGCAGUUGCCCCGACAUGCAGACUGAUGUAGGGCUCCUGCUCCAUUCUGCCAUCGUCCCAGCCCUUCUCGGCUGUGUAGCGAUAGACACAGUAACCGUCCGUCGGCAGAUACUCGAACCUGAGCGCCUCCCAGUCAAGGUUGGCAGUGCCAACCAGGCUUUCCUCUGUCGCAACAGCACGGAAUGGCGUCCGCCGGCGGUUGAUCUCUUUGCUGAGGCGAGGCAGGGGCGAGAGGAAGGCUGGCUGGUGAGCCUUGAUCGUUGAUGCAGCUGCCAGAUGGAUGGCCGUCAGGAUCAGUAGCAGAUGCGGUGUUCUCCAUUCGCCAUGACCCAUCAACUGCAUUGAUCAGAGGACAGACAGUGAUC